AGAGAACUCUUUAUCUUAUUCACCCUCUUCUUCUCGCCUACAGAAUGGUACUGCUGGUGGUAUUGCCUGGUUUGCUUCUUGUGUGGGCAGUGUGGAAGAUGCUGUACAUGGCGUGGUGGAAGCCAUUGAGGAUUCAAAGGUGGCUGAGGAAGCAGGGAAUCCAUGGCCCAUCCUACCAGCUCUUCUUUGGCAACACCAGGGAGACCAUGAGCAGAUUUUACGACAUAGCUCUACGGGUCCUUGCUUACCUUUACCACGUUGCCAAGGAAUAUGAGAAUGGUACUGCUGGUGGUAUUGCCUGGCUUGCUUCUUGCAUGGGCAGUGUAGAAGGUGCUGUACAUGGCAAGGUGAGCGUGGUUUGGUACGGGAGCACACCUGUGGUUCUUGUGGCGUCACCGGAACUGGCGGAAGAAAUUCUUGCCAACAAGUCUGGCCACUUCCUCAAAACCCCACCCCCCUCCAUCCUUGAGGGAAUGGUGCCAACUUUUUCUUUCAGCAAUAGUGAACUUUUAAAGACAUGGGAAAAGUUAACUGCUAUCAGCGGAUCCUGUGAAUUGGAUGUGUUUGCUGAGAUGCAGACACUCAAUGAAAUCAAAACCUCAAAGAUGCUGUUCGGGAAAGAUCAAAAAAAAGGAAAGCGACUGUUCCACAUCCAGAAAGAGCAAGCUAAAAGGGGAUUCCAAGAUCUUUGGAAAAUGCGGUUGCCUGGAUUCAGAUUCAUCCCGACAGAGGGAAGCCUUAGGAUGAAGAAGCCCAACCAAGAAGCGACGAUCAUCCUGCAAGACAUCAUAAGGAAGAGGAUCGAGGAGAUGAAUACUGAAGAUGCCAGGAAUGAUGAUGUGUUGACACUGCUAUUGGAAGCAUACAUGAUUGACAAUGAUCCAAACGAACCAGAGAGCUUCAAGAAGGUUGGGAUAUCAAUGGAUGCAAGGUUGGUCAAAUUGUUCCUUUCGAAGUCUCCGCAUUUUUCCUUCCAACAACAGGAAAGCCACAGGUCAGGACAGCAGGCUGGGUUCACAGAAGCUUCGUCAUACAAAUAUAAGUCGCACAGAGAAGCCUGUGUAGCAAGUCACAGCCUGUAUAAAUGGAGGACUCCUCCCAGGCGUUGCCCACUAUUAUCAUCCUUUGGUUUACUGCUUACUGGUUCUUCCGAUCAAUUGCUACGUGAGAAUGGGAGCAUCAGCUACCUUUCUUCUGCUGCUCUCUUGUUCUGUUCUUCUGUAUUGGGUGGUGAAGUUGGUUUACUCACAGUGGUACAAACCAUGGAAGGUGGCAGCAUACCUGAAGCAGCAAGGCGUCCAUGGCCCCCCUACAAGCUCUUCGUCGGCAAUGUCAUGGAGGACGUCGGUAUGGCCAAGCAAGCCUGGACCAAGCCCAUGGACAUGUCUCACGCUAUUGUACCGCGCGUCACCCCAUUCUCGGCCGAAAUGCAGAAAAAAUAUGGGAAGAUGUUUCUCUUAUGGUCCGGUGCGUCCCCUGUGGUGACCAUUACGGAUCCGGAGAUGGUGAAGGACAUCCUGACCAAUAAGUUUGGCCACUUUGGGAAGCCACCGGUACAUCCUCUUUUAAAGUUUGUGGCUCUGGGAAUUACGACCUUGGAAGGAGAACAGUGGGCAACGCGUAGAAAAAUAAUCAACCCCGCCUUCUAUCUUGACAAGCUAAAGGGGAUGACACCUGCAUUCGUAGCCAGUUGUGAACAAUUGAUCAAGAGAUGGGAGAAUGCAGCAUCUGCUCAAGGGUCCUGUGAGUUGAACGUAUGGGAAGAACUCCAGGCUCUUACUUCGGAUGUGAUCUCCAGAACAGCAUUCGGCAGCAGCUAUGAAGAAGGAAAGCAGAUAUUCAAUACUCAGAAGGAGCAAAUGAAACUAUUGCUUGACGCUGUUACCUCAAUUUUUAUCCCCGGACUGAGAUAUCUUCCCACAAGGAAGAAUAUGAAGAUAUGGAGGCUCCACAAAGAGGUUACAUCCAUGUUGAGGACUAUGAUAGACAAGAGAGAAGAGGAGAUAAAGUUGGGAAUUGCUAGAGAUGAUGAUCUGUUGGGGUUGCUGCUGAAAUCAAACAAGAAUGAUGAUGACUAUGAGCUGCAUGAUAACAAUCAUGGUAUCAAGAAGGAGGGGAUGACAAAGGAUGAGAUUAUAGAGGAAUGUAAAUUGUUCUACUUUGCUGGGCAAGAGUCUACUUCAGUGUUGCUGACGUGGACUAUGAUUUUGCUUUCAAUGCAUCCGGAAUGGCAGUCGCGGGCUCGGGAUGAGGUUUUUGAAGUCUGUGGGAACAAAACUCCAACUUUUGAUAGUUUAAGUCAUCUCAAAACUGUUACCAUGAUCCUUUAUGAAGUUCUGAGGUUGUAUCCUCCAUUUUUCAUCAAUGUUAGAUAUAUUUGCAAGCCAGUGAAACUAGGAGAUGUAACUUUUCCAGAGGGUGUCCAACUAUUGAUGCCAAUACUUGGUAUUCACCAUGAUCAUGAUACAUGGGGGAAUGAUGCAGAUGAAUUUCAGCCGCAGCGAUUCUCCAAUGGAAUUUCAAGUGCUUCAAAACAUCAAUUGGCAUUCUUCCCAUUUGGCUGGGGUCCAAGGAUCUGCCUUGGACAGUCGUUUGCUCUAAUUGAAGCCAAGAUGGCUUUAUCAAUGAUUCUGCAACGUUUCUCAUUCAAGCUCUCACCGGCCUAUGUUCAUGCUCCUUGGACAGUUGUAACCCUUCAGCCUCAGCAUGGAGCUCCAAUUAUAUUCCAUCCUAUAUGAAACGCCUAUGCAAGAAAAGUGAAACAAGGCAGCACAGUUUCUCUUGCAGUAAGGGCUUAAGGUUCACGAUGAUUGAUAUGGUGCUAAGAUCAUCUGCAAUUUAUAUAUUUGUCUUGCUACCUGUUACUUAUUUCCACAAAUCUUAUAGAUGAUAAUACUUGUAAGUUGUAACCUUAGGAUCUUGUUCCUACUGUCCCUAGAGAUUGUUGUGUAGCCAGAAUCCCUACUAUUUUUCUUUCGUUUUAAGAAGAUAGAUAUUUGUAACCUCAAGAUCUUGUUGAUUUGAUGAGAACCAACUUUGGCUUUCCACUGUAA